AUGUGGGUGCUGGUGCUGCUGCUCACAUUGGUUGGCGGCCUUGUUGGCUUGCCUGGGCUGGCUGGCCGCCGGCUGUGCAUGGUUGCCGGCUGGGCUUCGACAUUCAUGGCGUCGGGGUUGGGCGCGGCCAGGCCUGUGGCCGUCGCGGACAGGCCAGACGAGGCCGGCGAGCCCAGCCUGCCGACCGCGCGGAUGGCAUCGACGUCGGCGACGUACCGGACCGCCAGCGCCCCGGCGGCGCAGACUGUACACCCUGACGAGAUCUGGGAGGAGAUCUUCCUGCGCCUCGAUGCCGCGGCCGACCUCGCCCGCGCCUCCGCUGCCUGCUCCUCCUUCCGCCGCAUCGUCUCCGCGCUCUGCUUCCUCCGCCGCUUCCGGUCCCUCCGCUCCCCUGCAGUCCUCGGGCUCAUCAGUUCCACCAGAUACCAACCAUUCUUCCCCGUCGAGCCUCCCCACCGCUCCGCCCCGGAAGCCCGCGCGCUCGAGCAAGCCGCCGACUUCACCUUCUCCUUCCUCCCCGACCCCAGCAUGUGGCGCUUUCGCCAUGCCCGCGAUGGCCGAGUCCUCCUCUGCCGGCGCAUCUCCACCAAAAUCCAAUUCGAGGAUUUCGUAGUCUGCGACCCCCUACAUCGCCGGUACGUCAAGAUUCCCCGCAUACCCGACGACCUACUGGCCUUCGCCGCAGACAAUGGUAUAACGCGGCCUGUGUUACCCGUUCUCGCUCCAGCCGGCGAGAAUGACGAGGAGGAAUCGUUCAGAGUUUAUCUGGACUGUGCAGCACAAAGGCAAAGGCAGGGUCGUGGUUUUCAUCUUCCCUUCCUGCAACCAGACGUGGCGAGGUAA